GAUUUUAUUUAAUGAUAUAGAUUUAAGUCGUAUUGAAUAAAAAAUAAUUUGUUCAUAUCCAUCACAGAUUUUAGUAAUUGUGUUCAACGUAAAAGCGUGGCUAGCCCAAGUAAACGAAGGAGGAUGAGUAGUUCCGAAGAAGUUUCUUGGAUCUCAUGGUUCUGUGGACUACGUGGAAAUGAGUUUUUCUGCGAGGUUGAUGAAGACUACAUUCAAGACAAAUUUAAUUUGACAGGACUUAAUGAACAAGUGCCUCAUUAUAGACAAGCUUUAGAUAUGAUCUUGGAUCUUGAACCAGAUGAUGACCUGGAUGACAAUCCUAAUCAUUCAGACUUGAUUGAACAGGCUGCUGAAAUGUUGUAUGGUCUAAUACACGCUCGUUACAUAUUGACAAAUCGUGGUAUUGCUCAAAUGAUUGAGAAAUAUCAAACUGGUGAUUUUGGACACUGUCCAAGAGUAUAUUGUGAAAAUUCACCAAUGCUCCCAAUAGGUUUAUCAGAUGUCCCUGGCGAAGCAAUGGUUAAGUUAUACUGCCCUAAAUGUAUGGAUGUGUAUACACCAAAAUCAUCUCGUCAUCAUCAUACUGACGGUGCCUAUUUUGGAACAGGUUUUCCUCAUAUGUUGUUUAUGGUACAUCCAGAAUACAGACCACCAAGACCUGGUAAUCAGUUUGUGCCUAGACUAUAUGGUUUCAAGAUACAUGGUCUGGCCUAUCAAAUACAACAACAAGCAGCAGCUAAUGUCAAAACACCACUCAGACUGACUAGCUUUAACGGAAAACGUUAAUAUGUAUUAAUGGAAAAUGUAUCCACAUUUUUAUUAUUCUUAAAAAAUACUAGAUUAACAAAAUAAAAGAUAAUUUCAGUUACAAUUUUCAUCAGCUGUUGGCUGUAUACUAUAUUAAUAAAUUAUAUUUAUAAAUUUA